AUGGCGUUUGGCAAAGUAUCAAACUGGGCGGUGCCGCUGACGGCGCUGAUGUAUGCAAUGGCGCUAGUGUGCUUGCCGAUGUUUGCAGGCGGGUCGCGGGGAUUGGUGUACGCGGCAGACACGGACGCGGAGAACUAUGGAACGGUGAUCGGUAUUGACUUGGGUACGACCUACUCGUGUGUGGCGCUAAUGCGGAACGGGAAGACAGAGAUUCUUGCGAACGAGCAGGGGAACCGGAUCACGCCGUCGUACGUGGCCUUCACGGACGACGAGCGGCUAAUCGGUGACGCGGCGAAGAACCAGGUGGCAAACAACCCCAAGAACACGAUUUUCGACAUCAAGCGGUUGAUCGGGUUGAAGUACAACGACAAGACUGUGCAGCGUGAGAUCAAGCACCUGCCAUUUGAGGUGGUGGACAAGAACGGCAUGCCUGCUGUGGCAGUGACUGUCAAGGGCGAGCGCAAGUUGUUCACCCCAGAGGAGAUCUCCGGUAUGGUGUUGGGCAAGAUGAAGCAGAUUGCAGAGGAAUACCUCGGCAAGAAGGUGACCCACGCCGUCGUUACCGUGCCUGCGUACUUCAACGAUGCGCAGAGGCAGGCGACGAAGGACGCGGGUGCCAUCGCGGGCUUGAACAUCUUGCGUAUUGUUAACGAGCCAACCGCAGCUGCGAUUGCAUACGGGUUGGACAAGACCGAGGACGAGCACCGGAUUGUCGUCUACGACUUGGGUGGUGGUACCUUCGAUGUCUCCUUGUUGAGCAUUGAAAACGGUGUCUUCGAGGUCCAGGCAACUGCCGGUGACACCCACUUGGGUGGUGAGGACUUUGACUACAAGUUGGUGCGCCACUUCCUCAAGGUUUUCAAGAAGAAGCACGGCGUCGAUGUUUCCAGCAACGCGAAGGCCAUGGCCAAGUUGAAGCGUGAGGCUGAGAAGGCUAAGCGUGCGCUUUCGAGCCAGAUGUCCACCCGUGUGGAGAUCGACUCUUUUGUGGACGGUAUUGAUUUCUCUGAGACCUUGACCAGAGCCAAGUUUGAGGAAAUGAACCUUGACCUAUUCAAGAGGACUUUGAAGCCUGUUGAGAAGGUCUUGCAGGAUGCUGGUUUGAAGAAGGAGGACAUUGAUGACAUUGUUCUUGUCGGUGGUUCCACCAGAAUCCCUAAGGUGCAAGAGUUGUUGGAGAACUUUUUCAACAAGAAGGCGUCCAAGGGCAUUAACCCAGAUGAGGCUGUUGCAUACGGUGCAGCUGUCCAAGCUGGUGUUUUGUCUGGCGAGGAAGGUGUUGAGGACAUUGUUUUGCUAGAUGUUAACCCUCUAACCUUGGGUAUUGAAGUUACCGGUGGUAUCAUGACUCCUUUGAUCAAGAGAAACACCCCUAUCCCAACCAAGAAGUCCCAGAUUUUCUCCACCGCAGUCGACAACCAGAAGACUGUGAUGAUCCAAGUCUACGAGGGUGAGAGAGCUAUGGCCAAGGACAACAACCACUUGGGUAAGUUUGAACUAAGUGGUAUCCCACCAGCCCCAAGAGGUAUUCCACAGAUCGAGGUCACUUUUGCUCUUGACGCCAACGGAAUUUUGAAGGUUUCUGCCACUGACAAGGGCACUGGUAAGUCUGAGUCUGUCACUAUAACGAACGAAAAAGGUAGAUUGUCCAAGGAUGACAUCGAGAGAAUGGUCGCCGAGGCUGAGAACUACCAGAAGGAGGACGAAGAGAUCAGGGCGAAGGUCGAGGCUCGUCAUAAAUUGGAGAACUACGCCCACUCGUUGAAGAACCAGGUCAACGGCGACCUAGGUGACAAGCUAGAGGAGGAUGACAAGGAGACCUUAUUGGAGGCUGCGAAUGACGUUCUUGAAUGGCUAGAGGAUAAUUCAGACUCAGCUACCAAGGAAGAAUUUAACGAGAAGUUCGAGUCUUUGUCUCAAACUGCUUAUCCAAUUACUUCUAAGCUUUACGGUGCAGGCGCUAGCGAUGCUACUGAUGACGAGGAUGACGAGUCUGAUGACUACUUUGACCACGACGAAUUGUGA